CGCAUCUCGAACUCCGUUCCACAUAAGAGGAUAUUUAGCAUUGUCUCCCAUUUAUCUCAAGAACUAUGCUAGGUGUACACAUUUGGGUUUUGCACCACAGUGUCACACUUCCUUCCAUUUCUCCUAAACAAACUUGCAGAAGAAGAUUAGUUUCUUAAAGCUGCAGAAUUUCACGAAUGGUUCCUGAGGAUUCGAGUCUGAUAAACAAAAAACAGCAAGCCAAAUUCCGCCUCUGCAAUGUUGCUGGCUACAAGACUGAUUUACUUGAAAUCCAUGCCCAAAGGCCUGAAUUGCAUAUUUUGUUCAUUCCGGGAAAUCCAGGAGUUGUUUCAUUUUAUGUUGAUUUUCUUGAAUCACUAUUUGAGCUACUGGGAGGAACUGCAUCUGUUACAGCUAUCUCUCACAUAUCUCACAGCAAAAAGAAUUGGGAGUUUGGGAGGCUGUUUUCCUUGCAAGCUCAAAUUGAUCAUAAGAUGAACUUUAUUGAGCAGGAAUUUAAUAAUGUUGAAGUUCCUAUAAUCCUGGUUGGCCACUCAAUUGGCUCCUACAUAUCUCUGGAAAUCUUUAAAAGAUUACAGAAAGAGGUGGGGUUCUGCAUUGGACUAUAUCCAUUUCUGACUGUGAACACCAAAUCUUGGACACAAUCUUUUAUUAAGAAGAUUGCAGCAUCGAGGAGUAUAUCUGCAAUGCUUAGUUCUAUUGUGGCAUGUUUGGGAAUGCUACCAGCCUGGAUCUCUACAUAUUUUGUGAAGAAAUAUGUUGGGAAGUUAUGGUCUCCUACUGCAGUUGAUGCCCUUUGUACACAUCUUCUCCAGUUCCACACGAUGCAGAACGUACUUUUCAUGGCAAUGACAGAGUUCGAUAAGCUUUCUGAGGCACUCGAUUGGGCCUUCUUGAGGGACAACAGAAGCCAAAUAGCCUUUUUAUUUGGGGAUGAUGAUCACUGGGGCCCUGUGCAUGUACUUGAAGAGAUUUGUGAGAAGGUUCCAGGAGCAGUGGUAACAGUGGAAGAGGAGGGCCAUUCUCACGCUUUCUCAUGCACAGAGGCUGGCUCCUUAUGGGCAGCUAAAUAUGUCGCCGGCAUGGUUAUGAGAUACACCACCACCUCGAAGAAGCCAUUAAAUCUGUAAGGGUCAUUCUAUUGGUGACGUGUGGUUCAUUGAUUUUUGGAUCGAUGAGAAACGUAGGCUCCUAUUGAUGAAGACAUUCUUUCUCGAGACUUCGAUGAUUGUAAUAAAGGUAUAGGUCUGGGAAUAAUGAAAAUACCCAUGAAAAAGUGCCAUAUUUCCAAAGCAAAUGGACAAGGGAACAAGCAAUGAUCUGGAUCAGCAGACUCGGUUAAGAAAAAUGGACAACGAGACGGUAGCAUAACCUUAAAUCUGCAUAGCAAUGAGGGGAAAGGUAACAUAUUGCGGUUUAGCUUCCAAAGGAAAACCUGGAUGUUAGGCAUUUGCUUUUUGUGCCAAAUUUUGGUUAAAGAAAAGGUUGAUCCUUCACAUUUUCUCCCAGCCUCAUAAGCAUAUAUGGUAAGGAAGAACGUCAAAUCACAUUCUAAAGACUACGAAAGAAUUUCAUCUAUCUCAGUUUUGACAAGAGGGAUACAUUGUGAGUGAACUUGACAAGUCAUCUUCCAAAUUGGGGAAACAAUUCGUUUAGGACGCAUGUUUCCCAUUCUUUGAUCUCUCCUGUACAUGUAAGGAAGCUCACAAGGAGGGUUUUCCCUUCCACUUCCACCAUAGUUUAUACUUUAUAGGAGUAAGCAAGAUGUAAACAAGGAAUGGAUCUGACACCCAAACCGCUUUUCAAUUUAGG